UCACCUUUCACCUCGCCGAGAUCUGCCCUCACAGACCCUUUCGUCUCACAACCUCAGCAUCCGCACCCACACCAUGCGUGCGCAGGCAAUCGAAAACCCGUCAUUGUAGGGACGAAGCAGGCAGAGGGCAAGAUCCCAUGGGGUCAACUACAGAUUGAGUGCUUGCUGCUGUCAGUCGUUCAUAAACACCACCCACUCGGGAGCCCUGCCACAUGCAAUUUUCGACCAAGAAAUCCACUUGCAACUCUGCCAGGCGAAUGCGAGCCCACUUGCACCUCCCCGAGUCCCUUGGUUCAUCAGGGCCGAUCCGCACAAGACCCACACAUUCACUACUACUGGCCUGCAAACACAGGGAUUAGUCGACAAGGCCCCGAGGAAAUUUCACGAGAUCCUGAGCCUGAAUUCACCUUGGGCCACAGGGUCCGCCCGGGUUCUAAAAUCAUUGCAGCAGGAAAUGGAGUCUGGAGAUAAGAGCAUGUUUGGACGAGGUUUGAUUUCGUGCUGCGCGUUGGGUAUCAAGUCCCCAGCCAUGGGGUAAACUCGCCUACACAAUCAAGGCUUGACAAGAACCCGACCAGCAGGGCCAUCGUUCGUCCCUCUCGUCCUUCCAGGCCUUGUGCUUAAAUCCGCUUCUGAACCUCCUUGGCACCGUGCAGCAGGCCCUCGACGACGUUGUCCGGCUCGGCGAGGAAGGGCGAGUGAGACCCCUUGGUCGACCAGGUGAUGCCGUUUGCCCCGAACAUGGGCGCCAUCUGCUUCUGGAUGGCUGGCAGCAGCGCCCGGUCGUCCUCGCAGAAGAAGUACAUGCUCUCAAUGUCCUCCCACGCCUGGUACGUCGCCUCGUCCCGGAACACCUGCCCAGACUGGUGCUGCAGCUUGGCGACGGCCGCCUUUGUGAGGUCCUCAGGCACGUCGUGGUAGAAGAUCUCCUCGGGCGUGCGGGCGUACACGCGGUCGCCCUGCUUGUGUGUCAGUACAUGAGCGGCAGCAGGCCCGCGGGAUACUCACCUGGAUGUCCAUCCAAGGCAGCGGGUUGCCACCCAGCAUCUGGAUGAGGCUGAAGCCCUUGGGCACCACAAAGGCAGACAUGUACACCAGCAGCACGACACCGCCCUCCUUGCCCUCAGCUUUGCGCUGCUUGUACGCCAGGUCCUUGGCAGCCUCGCUGAUGACAAGGCCUCCGUACGAGUGGCCAACCAGGACCACCUGUCGGCCUUGGUCCACGAGAGCCUGGGCCUCGGCACGCACUGCGGCGGCGUCGUCGAAUGCACUCUUGGUCGGGGGCUCGGCCCCCACGGACGGGUACGCCACGGCCCGUGUCUCCCAACCCUGUGCAUGCAGCCUGUCCUGCACGAGCUGGUAGCAGUCGGGCGUGUGCCACGCGCCGGGGGCGAAGACAAAAACAGGCUGUGCGUUGGCAGACAUGUUUUAUUGAUUGUGAACGGGGCAAUUGGGGUCGGCGGGAUGUGGGGUAUGCUUGAUAUAAGAUAUUGGCUGGCUUCGUGCGACGUCAAAAAUGGUCAAGUCGAGAACAGACACUGCUAUCUUGGGCCGCAAAUACUACGUGCAGUACGGAUCGGGGCUUCUUGGAAUUGAGCAACCCCGGGGGAUUUAUCUCGUGGCAGCGCGUGCCAGAAAGGGGCUCCAUCUCGACGUUAUCCGGCCUCGUGGCUUGGAUGUCGGAUGCUGCCCACAAGAGCCACCAAACUAGCGUGCGUAUAAGACCAUUCAUCCUUGCUGCUACCCAUCAGUUUGGUCCCUGUAACGACUGAAACGGCAACCCAUCGACAUCCCGGCGGACCCUCCACACGCCACCACGGGAUGGCGGAGGGUCUACGCUACCUAGGUACUUGGCCCAUCGGAUAGUGCGAGUCAUGCUGCGGAUGAUUUCUGUGGGCCAUUCGUUGCGGCUCGGAAGUGUCCUGCGAAGAUGUGGGGUGCACUCCGUACGAAAGUUUGAACCGCAGCCGCACUCGCUCGUCAAGAUCUGAACCAGACAACCAUAUCACAGCGGGAUCUGUUUGUUGCAUUGUCGAUUAAUGCGACUCAAUCUCAUUCUGUGAGAUACUUGGCGUUCCAGAAUGCGUCCAACAUGAACUUUCCAGACCCAGAGAGGCGGUAACGAAGUCGGCCCACGGCCAGCAGUGAACCCUCGGCAUUGUCUAGAAGCUAUAUCCCCACCCACGUCCGGAAGCUUCCUCAGAGUCCCUCGGUGUCGCAAGGAUACAUCCACAUGAAGCAACUCUUCACGUGACCGCUGACAGUUGUAGGAGGCUUACUUACCGCGUCCGAAUCGAGUCUCAUCGGUGACGACUAAUUGACAAUGCGAGCCUCACUGCACGGUACUUUGCAGAGCAUGUAAGGUACUUGCAGAGCACUUACAUAAUGCUGUACGCAGGACACUCUCACCUUGGGACCGAUUUGGUCAACCUGGGAGGAUGCAACACGCCUUCAGCGGGAUCUCGCCCGGACCGAAACACUUGGGCAUCCAGACGAGGAUCCUCGAGCAGCCAUCCCUGACCAUCAGCGGCCGAGAGGAACUAGAUGCGCCGUGGCGAUUGAUUUUCUCAAUCACAGUAACAUGUAGCAUCGCCUUCUUCCCCCGGCUGCCGCGCUACACGUGUACGAUGCAAGGCAUGAAGGGACCGGUGUGCCACCUUGCCGGGCGAUGGAAAGCAUCUUGCGCAUUAGCGUGGACAGAAAGAGACAUGCUUUGAACCCAAUCUCCGCCUGCGAACCAUUGUCCACUCGGAUGUGGCCGUGCAUUCAGAGUUUGUCUACCACCCGGGGUUCAGACCUUCGCGUUGGCCCCCUAUAUUAGCAGUGGCCUGUCAACCGCUUUAGUGUAGGCCGGCGCGCACAGGUACAUCGACAGACGCCGGAUUGCAACGCCUGAGGUUCCGGGGGCAACCACCCCUUUUGUGUUGCAUUCUCUGCGCGUCAAGUUCGACAGCCGGGCCCUGUUCUUUCCAUGUGGCUUCUUCCUCCACCCGUUGGUCUUCUUUUCGAAGUCCCCCGUGGGUCAGCCGUUUUUGGCAGGGGAAAAAGCUGCACAGUGCUCUGCUGCCUGCCUGCCUAGCCUCCUCAUUGUGGGCUGUCGAACUUAAUUGAAAUAUUGAUAACCUAUUCUGGCAAGAAGGUCGCUAACUGACAUGCCAUCGACCGCUGAUCCCACUCAGGGUUCAGUCGGCAGUUCCUUCACGACAGGGCAGUUCAAACCGGCGAGACGUCGCAUUCGCUGUAUAGUGUCAUGUAUAUUUCCGCGCCAUGUCGUAUGGCCCGCCUCCCGAGGUUGACCAGACAUGUCAACCCAAUAUACAAUCAGGGACGGCCCUUGUAGGGGACCCCUCGACUAACGCAGCGGCGGGGGAUUGGGCUGCUGCCCCCUCUUCCAGGGGCGGGCCGUCAAAACCUGACUGGCAGACUGGAGAGGCUGACGAGACUGGGAAGACUCGUUGCACAUUCUUAUUCUCGGGUCUUAAGCGAAGGGGUAAAAAGUCUCCACGGUCUCCCAGGAUUGAUGCAAGUUGCACUCUCACAAGAACAGCGGCCGUGCGCUGCCGACAAACCCACUCCUCGGCCCUAGCAGGAGCCCACAGUUGCGCCGCCUCCCCGGCGGAUACUACGACUCUGGUCUUGAAUACGUCGACCGCGAAUGCCUGUCUUUGUUCCUACUCCCCCAAGUCCCCCUAUGAUAACUCGAACUCCUCCCCACGGGUCUCACCCAUCCAUCCUAUCCAGCCCGCGAGAGACCUCCUUUCACACGUCUGCCUGCUCCGCCCUCGUGGCUGUUCCAACAGUCAAACCAAGCAAACCACAUAUGGUGGUACCUCGGCCAGCGCGAACCUGAAAAGGUCCACUGCUCAGCAGGCAGGCAGGCAAGAUGAGGGCACAGGAGCUCGUCACGAUGGCGACUCCCGCCGACGCCAAUGAGAACACGGGCCCGACGCAGAUCACCACCACAACGAUCCUGCUCGUCCUCUCCACGAUUUUUGUGAUUCUGCGGUUCUGGGCUCGACAUUUUGUAACUGCGCAAUACGGCACGGACGAUUGGUUAAUUGUCGCAGGACUGGUGUCCGUGUUUGUGAUCGGCGGCUUAAACUAUGGAAUGGUCGACUCCGGCAUGGGCCGACACGCCAGCACCCUCAACCUCGACGCGAUAGAAAACGUGCUCAAGCUGCUGCUGGGCUUCGAGUGCAUGUACGUCACGGCCGUGGCGCUCAUCAAGUUCUCGCUGCUCGCGAUGUACCUCCGCAUCUUCCCAAGCCGGGGGUUCAAGAUCGCCGCCUACAUCAUCGGGGGCACCGUGGCCGGGUGGUGGAUCGCCAUCGUCCUCGUCUGCAUCUUCCAGUGCAACCCCAUCUACGUGGCCUGGGAGCCCUGGGUGGCCGGCCAGUGUAUCGAUCUCAAGGGGUCGUUCAUCGGUAACGCGGUCCCCAACAUUGUCACCGACAUUGCCAUCUUGAUCAUGCCCGUCAAGCAGGUCUGGGCGCUGCACACCCAGCUCGCACAGAAGAUCUCGCUGAUCUGCACGUUCGGCCUUGGCAGCUUCGUCCUCAUUGCGAGUAUAUACCGGUUCUCAACCAUCAUGCAGUUUGACCCGAACGAUACUACUUUCACCCUCGCCACGGCUUGCACGUGGUGCGUGGUCGAGUGCGCCUGCGGCGUCAUCUGCGCGUGCCUGCCGACCCUCCGGCCCCUGGCCAGGAAGGUGUCGAGCCAGUUCGGCAGCACGGGCAACAAGUCGCGGUCCGGGAGCCGCGCCAACGAGCUCGUCACCAUCGGCGGCGGCAACACCUCGCACAUGAACAGCCGCAACAUGACCAAGAGCCCCUUCCAGAAGCUCGGCAAGGACUCCGAGUUCAUGUACCCGGGCGAGGCGGACCUGUCGACGCGCCCCGGGUCCGGAGGGGUCGUCAGGACCACCGAGGUCACCAUGACUAGCAGCUCGACGGGUACGACAAAGACGACGCAGCACGGGUACGCGAGCUCUGGUGACAGCGGGACGAUCCUGGAUCGGUCGAGGAGCCGUGGGGAGACGGGGAGUAGCUUUGUUUGAUGCGCCUGAUCACCCGGGCUGCUGUGUAUAAAAUAGCGGUGUGAAAUUGGCAUAUAGAGAUUAAUCACAUAACUAAUAAUAUUUCUGGAGCAAGUCGAUACCCUCAAAGAACGAUACGCGCAGCAGCUUUGGCACGACUGCGGUGAGUGACGGUCUCUGUUGCGGCCUGGUCUUCGCGGGCGCAGUAUGUCACUUUCUGGUGUUUCUUG